CAUUGAUUGUGCGUGGUACAUGGUGUGUGCUGCUUGGCCAGGUCGGCGGGGAAAAUCAAAAAUUUAAAAGUGAGAAGUUGAAACUUGGAGUUUUCACACCAAAAAUUGUGUUUUAUUAACCGUUAUAAAAGGAAAGUAGGAUUGAGAAGGAAUCAUGGCUUCCGAUUAUACCCCUACUAAACCACGUGGACCUAUUGCAGCAUCCUUUGCUGGUCCUGGACCCAAUGUACUCCUUCCUACCAACAUUGGCCAAGGAACUGCCAUCACCAAGCGACAGAUGCCCAUUUAUUCCUUUGGUAUCCGACACAAGCGUUACACCACCGACUGCAGUCCCGGACCAUGCCACAACUACCCUUCUAAAGUCACCAGGAGAGGAAAUGAUGGCACUCCACACUAUUCCCUGUAUUGCCGUCCAAAGGAAAUAACCACUUUCAGGACACCAGGCCCAGGAGCAUACUCCCCUGAAAAGGCUGGACCUAGCGCUCACUUUAAAGCUGCUGCAUACAGCCUUAGACCAAGAACAAAAGGAGUCAAGUGUGACAAGUCCCCAGCUCCUAAUUGCUACAUCCUACCACUUAUUUUGGGGGGCUACUCCUGCGUUAAGCCUUCUGGACCUAGAUACUCACUCAGAUCUCGCCCCAAUGUGGGAAGCUUUGCUGAAGAUAUGGCCAAGACCCCAGGACCAGGGUCACAUAGUAUUGUCGACCCAUCCAUCUACAAGCACAAGUCUCCUAGCUAUUCAAUGAUUGGACGAAACCAGAUGCCAUGUGAUAGUACACGCAAACCAGGUCCCGGAGCGCACAGUCCAGAAAAGGUUACGGUCACAAAGAAGUCAGCUCCAAAAUCCUCUUUCGGUAUUCGUCAUUCAGAGUACAUCACUCCUCUCAUUGAACAGACUUGUGAUUAGAUUAUUCUACUACAACCAACAUUCAUAUUCAUUGAUAAAAUUGAACAUUGCCAUGUAAAGUGAAUGCAGCAGAGUCUUUCUUCAUUUGAAAAACAGAUUUUUUUUUAAAUACAAAAUAAAAAUUCGAGUCAUCUAAAUCAACUAACCAGAUGUCCACCUUUAACAUCAGCAACAACACACAAAU